AUGAAGGUGUUUGUAGUUGCCCUGCUGGGGUUAGUGUUGUUGGCUGGUGUUGCGUACGCAGACAAUGCGCCGGAGGAAAUAUCCUCCGAACAAACCGAAGUCGAAGAACCACCGUGCGAAGUCGUGGAGAAAUGUGACGGACAGUACGAAGAGUACAAAUGUUGCGGAAAGUGCUUCCAACGAUCGUGCUUUACCAAAAAAAUCAAUUGCGAACAGAAAUGCACCAAAGGUUGCUACUGCAUGGAGGGAUUCGUCCGGGAGUAUGAGGGAGGCAAAUGUAUGCCCAAGCGUCUCUGCCAAGUUUACCUACGCCGGGGCUUCAACAGCGGUUAA